CAUGUCUCGAAUGUUUCCGAAAUCUGCUUUGCGACGGGACAAACCUUAUUCAAUAUGACUAUGAGGCCAUAUAAUCACAUGUCAAAUGAAGCUAUCAUGAAGCAGUUCCUAUUCUUACCCUCCCCAUUCGGCAGACACGCAUUCUUUAACUCAACGACAAGAUUCGAAAUAAUCAUAUUGAGCAGUUCCGAGAUUUACUUGACCUGAGUUCGAGAUUCAACCGUCAGUAAAGAGAAUGGGAGCUUUCCAAAACGUUAUCAUUGUCGGGGCUGGCCCUGCUGGACUACUUCUAGCUCUGUUUCUAUCCAAGGAAAAGAUACCUGUACAUGUUCUGGAAGCUUCCUCAGAAAUCGACAGCCAGCCUCGAGCCACUCUUUACGGCCCCGCAGGUGUUCAAGAGCUUGAACGUGCCGGCGUCCUUGAAGCUAUUCGAGCAGAGGGUUGUUUGCCAAAACACGUUUGUUGGAGGAAGGACGAUGGCACCAUGAUCGCCGAAAUACAGCAAGAACAUAUUCCGCUACAUUCGAGAGUCACUAGUCUGCCAGUAAAUCGAGUUGCUCAUAUCAUACUUGAUGCUCUUCGGCAGCAUCCCACUGCUAAGGUAGACUUCAAUUGUAAGGUCACCAGGACUGGCCAAGAUGAGAGCAAAGCAUGGGCGGAGGUUGAAACGCCUGAUGGUGUCAAAAUUCUGGAAGCAAGUUACAUUGUUGGGAGUGACGGAGCCAGCAGUACGGUUCGGAAGAAUCUCUUCGGGGACAGCUUUCCUGGUUAUACCUGGGAACCAUGGCUCAUCGCCAGUAACGUUUACUAUGACUUUGACGCCCAUGGUUGGGACGAUAUCAACUUUAUCAUUCAUCCUCAAAAUUGGUACAUGGCAGCUCGCAUCACGAGAGACAAUCUCUGGCGAGUUACGUAUGGCGAAGAUGGAGAACUAACGCGAGAACAAUGUAUCGAGCGACAACAAGAGAGAUAUCGGUCUAUGCUGCCGGGCAACCCUGGACCGGAGCAGUACAAGUUGGCGAAUAUAAACCCAUACCGGGUGCAUCAGAGAUGUGCUGAGAAGUUUCGAGUAGGGAGAUUUCUCCUCGUCGCUGAUGCUGCUCAUCUCUGCAAUCCAUUUGGUGGGUUCGGGUUGACUUCUGGAAUUGUUGAUGUUGGAGGCUUGUACGACUGUCUUUCUGGAAUAUAUAAUGGCCUGGCCGAUGAGAGCAUUCUCGAUAAGUACGAUGAGGUCAGGCGCGGGAUAUUUAUGGAGCAAGUUGACAAGCUCUCGACUGCAAAUUUCAAGAGGGUGAUGAUGGCCGAGCCUGACAAAGCUCUCGAGCUUGAUCCCUUUCUGAGCGCAGCGGCGAAUGCAAAACAGGAUCCUGAAGCAGCAGCGAAAUUGGCUCAGAUGGCGAGAGCUCUUAAGCACGAUUUCAGACAGUAUUACAAGACGCUCAAGGGAGAAUCUAGCGCAAUGGAGAAUAUUUGAAUUUUAUUUUUCUCCCAUUUUGUACAUAGAUCUCUCAAAAUCUUUCACGACACCCAUCAGAUUCAUUCAUAAAAGCAUUUAUUCCGUUGAUUCGAGUUCGUAUCCCCCUGUUUCCCACUUGUUGAUUGUCUUUGCCCAUUUUUCCAUAAUCUUCAUGACUAAGUUGUACUCGAUAUCCUGCUUGACAUUGAUACCUUAAAAGAGAGGACAAAUUUGCCCCCACCGUGAUAUGGGCAUUUUCCUGAAAUGGUAACCUCAUGACCAUCAACAAAUUCCACUCGCUCUCAAUUGAAACCUCGCCGAUUUUCGAGAAGCCGCUCGGUCGGCGCCAUAAGCAAGUUCCUCAUCACAGUCGAGUAUCUCCUUGAUGAGAAGUCUCAUUGAACCAUUUAAGAUUG